AUGUGGGAGGCCGAGUCCUGGCGGCAUGGAGCGCCUCUCCUGGACCGUCGCGCGCCCGAUGCCACCCGACCCUACGUGAGUAUCACGACCGCGACGCCCUCCACGCACGCGACUGACGACCGAUACCAGCACUGUCCCUCGUACAAGCUGCCGGCCCACGGAACCAUCGAAAUUUCGCCCGGCAACACCAUCACGCUCGACCAGAAUGCCGUCUUCCGCCCGCUCUGCACCAACACGGCCACCCAGCAGGGCAACAUCGACGACGGCACGGGGGGCAUCACCAGCGUCGCCGACAUGCGCGACCCCUUCCACGCAUCCAUCACGCCCCAGGCCUACGCGACAGGCGCCGCGACCGUCAUCGCCUGGAUGCUCGUCAUCAUGCUCAUCAUCACACCACGCACUUUCUUCGUCGGCAACGCUUCGGGACGCUCAGGGCUCAUGGGACGACGCGGCAUGAUCAGCGGCGCAACAGGGAGCGGAUCCAUCAUCGGAGUCGGAAGCCGUCCAUGGCUGCAGAAGGCCGCGGCCCUGACCGUCGCCAUUUCCCUGACGCUCGCCACCGCCGACACGUUCAAGAUCGCCGAACGCCAGUACGAGGAGGGCUUCAUCGACGCCAUGGAGCUGCGUGACCAGGUCGUAGCUGGCAUGGAAAUCAAGGUUUCGCGCGUUGUUUCCGACAUCUUCCUCUGGCUCGCACAAGUACAGACCCUGAUACGCCUGUUCCCGCGCCACAAAGAGAAGGUCAUCAUCAAAUGGGUCGGAUUCGCUCUCAUCCUGCUCGACAUUGCAUUCAGCUGUCUGAACAGCUUCGGUCCCUAUGAGAACCAACGCCGCCCCGCACACUUCGACACCGCGAUCCCCGCCCUCAGCUACCUGUUCCAACUAUCACUCAGCAUGCUCUACGCCGCCUGGGUCAUGUACUACGCCAUCACCAAGAGACGAUACGCCUUCUACCACUCCAUGAUGUGGAACAUGAGCGUCGUUGCCCUGCUAUCUAUCAUUGCCAUUCUCACGCCCGUCGUAUUUUUCAUUACCGAUAUCGCCAACUACACCAUUGCCGGAUGGGGAGACUACUUCCGCUGGGUAGGGGCUGCCGCUGCCAGUGUCAUCGUUUGGGAGUGGGUGGAGCGCAUUGAAGCGCUGGAAAGAGAAGAGAGAAAAGACGGAAUUUUGGGGAGAGAAAUAUACGAUGGAGACGAUAUGCUCGAUAACACACCCUCCGACUCGAAAUGGCCUUCGAAACGCAAGGGGCAGCUAUCAGAAAAAGAUGAGAAGAAGAGUGGGGGAAGCUCAGGCGGCUUCGGCGUCGGCGCGUUCACAUCAGCACAUGCCGGCCGCUUCAACGACCUUGCUCAGAGGUUUGGACGCAAGAUGACCGAAUCGCCACGAGCAGAAGCACGAAAGAAGCGCACUAUCCACAUUCCUGCACCACCCCCGGUUGUGCGACGGUCGGCAUCUGCUGCACGUGGAGACCGCAACUCGCGGGCCUAUGUACGAGUGCAGACCCCGCCUCCGGUACCAAUCAUUGCAUCACCAGUCAGCAGGACAGACACCACCAGUGCUGACUCGACUGUAUACACAGUUCGCUAUCAUCCCCUCAGCGAUACACCUGUAAAUCCACGGCACGCACCAGCAGACGAUCGACCAGGAAAUCGUGAAGCACAACCAUCAACACACAACGCACCGCAAGAACCUCAGGUUCAACCAGCUGACCCUGAGGACCCUGAGAAGGGAGGAGAACUGGAACCUGUCACCAGCCGAAGUAGAUUCCAAUGGCAAGCUUUAGGGAACCCAUUCCGACGAAAAGGACGGACCCCGCCAAAGGAACUCCAGAGGGGGCAGGUCAUCGAACCACUCGCGGUAGACGACGUCGCAGCCAACAUACCCCCUCGCAACUACAACGGGCUAGCUCUAGCCGAUCGCCUGGGUACCUUUGCCGCACAGCAAGGCGAAAAGCUCAGGUCGAAGAAGAAGCCUGGGUCACAGCACGAAACGACUCUACCAGUCACAAUCAUUCCUGCCCAACCUCGGGGCCAAACCUGGUCUCCGGACAUUAUUCGCCAACAGCAACAAGCACAACAGGACGAGUCCUCUGCCAGUGCGGGUACCCAGCAAGCGAGUGCGCCAACUCCGAGCGAACAAGAUCAAUCUCAUGGAGGGACUAAUUCAAGCGAGGUCGUCAACUUGUCGGCCUCGCCAAACUCCACACGCACUCCCCGUAUCCGGUUCUCGCCGGCAGCCCCGCUUGGUCGCCAACACAACACUGGUGGUCUCGGGACAGAGAUGCGACCAGCGCUGUCUGCACCGAGUUCACCUUUGCCACAAGAUGAGUCGACAUCGACCAUCGACUUUAGCAGGCCCGAAAACCACCCUCGGACAGAUCACGACAGGUAG